AACCCCCUCAUUUUUCUUUCACAUUGCGCCCAAUUAGAUUUCCAUUGCUCUAACUUUCCCUCUCCCAAAACCCUUCGAAUUCUCUCUACUCUCAUCAAUGGCUCCCAAGGCAGGCAAAAAGCCCGCUGCAGAGAAGAAGGUCGCCGCCGCCGAGAAGCCGGCGGAGGAGCCGAAGUCCCCCGUAGCCGAGAAGACGACUCAGGCGGAGAAGAAGCCGAAGGCCGGGAAGAAGCUUCCCAAGGAUGCGGGCGCUGCCGCCGCCGGAGAUAAGAAGAAGAAGAGGUCGAAGAAGAGCAUCGAGACCUACAAGAUCUACAUCUUCAAGGUCCUGAAGCAGGUCCAUCCAGACAUCGGGAUCUCCAGCAAGGCGAUGGUGAUUAUGAACAGUUUCAUCAACGACAUCUUCGAGAAGCUCGCUCAGGAGGCCUCCAGAUUGGCUCGCUACAAUAAGAAGCCCACGAUCACUUCCAGGGAGAUCCAGACUGCAGUGCGGCUUGUUCUUCCAGGUGAAUUGGCGAAACACGCCGUGUCUGAGGGAACCAAGGCCGUGACUAAGUUUACCAGCUCUUGAAUUAAUCAAUUUGAUCUGUGUUUCUAUCUAGGGUUUUGUUGUUCUGCGUUUUGGGGAUGAAAUAUUGUGAUCUUUUGCCGAUUAGAAGUAACAGCUUUAAUGUAAAGUUAUUAUUACUUGUUUCCUUAAUCUAUCAAUGGAAUCCUUUUCUGUUUCUCCAUUCCAUUUUGUUCUCUUCCUUCUGCUCUCCAUUUUAGCUGCAUUCGAUUGAUUUCUGUUUGCACUUUUUAUAACUUUAUCAAGGUUUUUUUCACUAAGAUUGAUUCUGAUUUCUGAUUUUAUUGAAUAGAAUAAACAAAGGAGGUUUUG